UUAUGCCGCCCAUCAAUCUAAUGCGGUUAAUCGGUGCUUCGUAUCCGACCGUACCGUUCAUCCGUGAGCAUUCCGGAGCGCUCGAGUAUAAAGAGCACUGCGGAAACUACACUGGUCGUCUCACACCCUCUCCCGCAACAUGACAAGCCCAGACCAGACACGCGUGAAGACCGUCCUCAUCACUGGUCAAGAUGCACGCCAGGUGGAAUAGGAUUCGAGAUGGCGAAGGAGUACCUUGCGAAAGGCUUGCGGGUCUUCGCGACCGCGCGCCGCGCAGAGGUGCUCGCGCAAAUCGCAGCUGCUGCUCCGGGGCUAGAGACCGUCAGACUCGAGGUGACGGAUGCGGAGUCUAUUCGGAAGUGCAGGGAGCACGUUGCGUCGGCUACUGGAGGGGUGCUGGACAUACUGGUCAACAACGCCGGCCUGAGCGAGUCCCAUCUCUCUCCCUGAAGUCCUCAUCGCAUGCUCAUCCGGGGCCCCAGGCUGCUCCGUCCCAGCAACAGACCUUGAGAUCGACCAAGUCAAGUCCGUCUUCGAGGUCAACUUGUUCGGUGUCAUCCGCAUGGUCAACGAGUUUCUGCCUCUACUCAUGGCCAGUGGGGACGGCCGGAUAGUCAACAUCGGCAGCAUUGCGGGCGUCAUGCCGUAUCCGUUCGGCAGCGCCUACAACGCGUCCAAAGCCGCGCUCCAUGCGUACGGGAACACACUGAGGAUCGAGCUGGCUCCAUUCAAUGUGCAGGUCUCCACGAUCGUGACUGGCGGUGUGCAGAGCCACAUCUCAGACAAACCGCCUCCGACGAAACCGACGUCGCUCUACGCACCCAUCGCGGAACACCUGCUCAGGUUCCGCGCUGGGCGGUCCCAGAAGGGAGCUAUGCCUGCGGACGUCUAUGCUCGAUCGAUCGUCUCGCAGACUCUGCGCUCACACCUCAAAGCGUGGAUCUGGAAAGGCAGCUUCACGGGUCUCUGCUGGUUCAUCGAUACGUUCCUGUGGCGGACGGCGUUUGAUGUCCCGUUCUCGAGAGAAUUUGGGUUGGUCAAGCUCGGUAAGAUAUUUAGGAGUGGGGUAGGGAAGAAACAGUCGUAGAUAGUUCACAUCCCCUUUUCUUUUGCACGGAUAUAUGUCUCCACGGAUAACUUGUAAGUAGUCUGCAUACUACAAAACUGUCGCAUGUUUUUGCAUCGCGAUCAUGUGAUCGGGAGUCAGCUCUCCGAGUACCGGGCUUUACGUGUCCAGCAGGGGCAACUCAAUUCUUAGUCUAGGUCGUUCAUCCGCUCAUCCGUUCACAUCGUUCAUCAGCUUUACGAGUGACGAUCAAGAGGCCAGUGAAUGCUUAAUAUUUGGAACAGACUGAACCCCCAGUGAUUAUGAACUGAG